CUGAGCCAAUCCCGCGCUGGGCCUGUCUUGAGGGGGCUGUGUUGUGCCGGGAAGUGGCUUUGGGAAAAAGGAGGCCUCUUUCCUCGCCCGUUUUUUCCAGGAGCAGCCCCACAAAAACCUGCCUGGGCACACCAGGUUCCCCUCACCAGCCAGAGACCGGGGGAACCUUUGGCUCCCCCCGGUAAAAGCCAACCAGUUUGUUUUAAGAAGCUUUGCGCGCCUGGUGUUGGGAUUUCUAAUCCAGGCUGCGAAGAAUUUCGAAGUCUGGAAAAUAGCAAUUGUGUUUGUUUCUGAAGGAUCUGCUCCUAAUCUAACAUUGCAGACCACAAUGAAGAACCAAGACAAAAAGAAUGGGGCUGCCAAGCAAUCAGGCAACACUUCCAACCCGAAAAGCAACCCAGGGCAACCGGAAGCGGGACCAGAGGAUGCCCACAGGCGGCCUAGCCAGCCUUCUUCUGCAACCGAAGCUGAGGAUUCCACCAGCCAGGCCCUGGGGAAGCCUGAGGGGGCUCAAGCCAAAACUGCUCAGUCUGGGGCCCUCCGUGAUGUGUCCGAGGAGCUGAGCCGCCAAUUGGAAGACAUCUUGAGUACUUACUGUGUGGACAACAGUCAAGGGGGUCCAGGUGAGGACGGGGCACAGGGUGAGCCUGCCGAACCUGAAGAUGCAGAGAAGUCCCGGAGCUAUGCUGUGAGGAAUGGGGAGCCUGAGCCAGGGACUCCAGUAGUCAAUGGUGAAAAGGAGACUUCCAAGGGGGAGCCGGGCACAGAGGAGAUCCGAGCGAGUGACGAAGGCGGAGACCGAGACCACCGGAGGCCGCAGGAGAAGAAGAAAGCGAAGGGGCUGGGAAAGGAGAUCACGCUGCUGAUGCAGACAUUGAAUACACUGAGUACCCCAGAGGAGAAGCUGGCAGCGCUGUGCAAGAAGUAUGCUGAACUGCUGGAGGAGCACAGGAACUCUCAGAAGCAGAUGAAGCUCCUGCAGAAGAAGCAGAGCCAGCUGGUGCAAGAGAAGGACCAUCUGCGGGGUGAGCACAGCAAGGCUGUCCUGGCCCGCAGCAAGCUUGAGAGCCUGUGCCGUGAGCUGCAGCGACACAACCGCUCCCUCAAGGAAGAAGGUGUGCAGCGGGCCCGGGAGGAGGAGGAGAAGCGCAAGGAGGUGACCUCCCACUUCCAGGUGACGCUGAAUGAUAUUCAGCUGCAGAUGGAACAGCACAACGAACGCAACUCCAAGCUGCGCCAGGAGAACAUGGAGCUGGCCGAGAGGCUGAAGAAGCUCAUUGAGCAGUAUGAGCUGCGUGAGGAGCAUAUCGACAAAGUCUUCAAACAUAAGGACCUGCAGCAGCAGCUGGUGGAUGCCAAGCUCCAGCAGGCCCAGGAGAUGCUGAAGGAGGCAGAGGAGAGACACCAGCGGGAGAAGGACUUUCUCCUCAAAGAGGCAGUGGAGUCACAGCGGAUGUGUGAGCUGAUGAAGCAGCAGGAGACCCACCUGAAGCAGCAGCUUGCCCUAUACACAGAGAAGUUUGAAGAGUUCCAGAACACUCUUUCCAAAAGCAGCGAGGUGUUCACUACGUUCAAACAGGAGAUGGAAAAGAUGACUAAGAAGAUCAAGAAGCUAGAGAAAGAAACCACCAUGUACCGGUCCCGGUGGGAGAGCAGCAACAAGGCCCUGCUUGAGAUGGCUGAGGAGAAAACACUCCGGGACAAGGAGCUGGAGGGCCUGCAGGUAAAAAUCCAGCGGCUGGAGAAGCUGUGCCGGGCAUUGCAGACAGAGCGCAACGACCUGAACAAGAGGGUACAGGACCUGAGCGCGAGUGGCCAGGGUGCCCUCACUGACAGCGGCCCUGAACAAAGGCCAGAGGUUGCCACUGCCACCAAGGAGCAGGGUGGCGAGGGGCUCAUGGCCCAAGCACCGAGCUCCCCAAGGGCCACAGAAGCUACUUGCUGCCCUGGAGCACAGAGCACAGAAGCAUCAGGCCAAACAGGGCCGUGGGAGGCCAGCCCCACCACCGCCUAGAGCCCAGCACUUCGUGCGUGCUGGGAAGGGAGCAGGCAGCCUGGCGAGACCUGGCCCACACAAGGCUCCCACCUCAAAGCAGUCCAGUGCCAGGCCAAGUGCUCUGGUCUGGCUGGCAUUUGACACUUUGCAAUUUUGGAUUUUGUGGGUCAGUUUGACGUUAUGUAUGGCAUAUGUGCAAGACCUCAUACAUUUAUAUUUGUAAGUGUACAGUGGGCUUGCAUUGGGGGUGGGGUGUGUAGACAGGUUGGUGGCUCUUCUGUGAACUGAAGAGUCUUAAAAGAGGAGCUGUCAUCUGUGGCUACCAUCAUGGUGAGCUGACAGGACAAGUGACUGGAGCAUUUCUUCUACACGGUUGGAGGCUCAGGCCCCUCCCAGCCCCUUGGGGCUUGUGACAAGUGACACACCCAGGCCUUGACUGUUUCUGUUGUGAGCAGGGCUCUCGUGGCUAUCCUGGAGAUGCCUUUACUCCUCUGGACCUGGAAAAGGUGUCCCGAGGCAGAGCGUUGGCGGGCACCCGGAGCUGGUGAUCAGACUGCUUUCCUGCUGAGACGAGGGACCUGGAGAAUGUUUCUGGGAUGAUGCCGGUAGGGGCCCCGUGGGCACUGCUUUCCUGCCCUCUGGUGGUGCUCGGACCAGGCCGGUGAUGCUUCUCAGUAGCCUUACUCACAGGUGCCUCUUCAGCCUGCACAAAUGAUUGAUAAGAGAGCACCCAGAGGAUUCUUUCUGAAGGUUUUUUUUGCACAUGACAGUGUAUCGAGGAUCUGCUGAGGAGGGGGAGGGGUGCUGAGCCAUGGGCCUGGGUUCCUAACCUCCAGUGUCUCAACACCCACCUGGCUUCUUUGCCAAGUUGGUGCUGAGGUGUCCUAUUUGGUGAGACCAGAUUCCUUGAGAGAAAGGAAAGGGCUUCUGAUAGCUUUACCACAAGCUUGCCUAAAUCCUGGGAGGCUCUUCUGAUUCCCAUCCCCUCUCUCCAUGCAGCGGCUGCUGGGCCCCCAGGCCCAGCUGCCCGCUUGGCUUUAUGGGCCCAUUUCUGCACCACACCCCUCCACCACCAACACCAUCAGAUGUGCAAUCCUUGAGAUUUACCCUGGUUCCAUUUGCUGGCACCUCCUUGUCCAGCAAAUAAGAGCUGAGGCGUGUCCUCCUUGGGAUUCCACACCCUCCAUUGUGGGAGCCCACAGGCCAGCCCCCAGCUGUUGUCCAACGGGUAGGGAAUGAGAAUGAGACUCCAUGCUCGGUUGAGCCCCAGAAUCCACAAAACAGCUGCCAACAUUUUUGUUUGUUGCUACUUUAAACUGAAAGUUCUGCUGGUUGCUAACCUGCCAAAGUGUUAGCCAAUUUUUUUGUUUUGUUUUUACCAAGCAGUCUUCGGGGACAACAGAGUGAGUCUUUGAUCAGGAAGCAGGGCUCUGGACCCAAUGCCCCAUCUCCAGCUGGGCAUCUGCUUCUCCCUGGAUUUCCUUGAAGCCAGUCCGUUGUCCACAGCCCUUCAUCUUCCACAGCUAGCCCACUCAGCCCUUAACUUAAUCCCUCAGAUACAUAGGUUCGUGAGGAACAUUUAGUUUUCCUGAAUCGUCUUAUGGCUUAGACCAGAAAUGCUGACUGAGGGGACACCGAUUGCCCUUCUGCACCCAUGGUAGAUAUCACUAACCUGCUUCAGGGUGUUUCCUGCUAAUCCCCAUAGGUUCUCAUUUGCGUCAAGAUCCCCCAGCAGCCAGUAUGAGUGUUGAGACCUAUUUACCCUCCCUGGCUGAAAUACUACUCCUGUGGAGAAGUCUUUCCCAAGAUCUUUUUCUUCCCCUCUUUGAAGUCCCUGUGUUUGGAAUUGUCCCCUAACCUGCCUCUUUCUGCUCCAGGAAGGCCUUCUCCCUCCCCCAGCCCCUGUGCCCAGGCUGAGGUGCAAGAGCUGCCAACCCCACAUGGGAUUUACUGGGCUGAGGAGGUGCAGGGAGGAGACAGGGCAUCUACUUGCCCGCCUUGAAGAGAUGAAAGGCCUCAGGUGGCCCAUAAUUAAUUGCCUGCCUCACUUCAGCUACCUCUUUAAAGCCUGGGGGAGGGGUUGGGUCUAUUGGAGCCCAGUGUGUUGUAGGAGACCACAGCUGGACGAUGUCACAGCAGCCCAGUGAGACCAGGUCUGACUUCUGUGGAACCACAGUGGGCAGGUGGCCCCACCCAGGCUUCCGGGUCAGGAAUGUGGGCCUCAGGCAGGCAGACCUCUCUGCUCUCAGCUCCAGCUAUUUCUAGGCAUUCAGGCCAUAGGUGGUGGUCCCUUUCUUUCUCUUUCUGUGUAUUGACCAAAUCUCACCAAUCACUACAGCUGCUCUGCUUGCUCUGCUUUCCAAAGUUAGCCCAGGUGCCUGGGUAGUGCACACGGGUCUGGGCCAGAUGCAAGGGGGUGGCCUCUCCAUGAAUGAAGGCCAGUGCCUUCCUUCCCUGGGCAGGUCCCAUGCAUGUGACCUCAGUUUUAGGACCAAGAGCUGUUCUGUGUAGGGUUUGUUGCUAGCUUUUCCUCCAGGGAACCAUAGCACAUGAGGCUCACAGCUCAGAGCUCCUGGCUCUGCUAACAGCAGCCUGUGUUCAGGACCUUGUCCAGCUGAGAGCUCCCUGUACACCAGAUUCUGAGAGGUGUCAGCAGCACUUUUUUUUUUCUCCAUGAGGUUUUGGACCAUGGGCUGAGCUCAGGCACUUUGUGUACGAGAAUGUUAUUUCUGUAAAGAUGGUGGUUAUUUCCCCACCCCCUCCACCCUUUCAUGGUGGCCCUGCUGUGGGCUGACCAAGAGGUGGGUGGGGCUGCCCUGGUGUCUACUGGGGGAGGGUCAAGGCCUGCUGAGCUGACUCUCCAGCUGCUUCUCCAGCCCUCCUGCCUUGCACAGCACAGAGGUGGCCACCCCAGGGACAGCCAGGCACCUGCCUGCCCCUUGACCCCUGCCCAGGAGGCUGCCUUCUGUCCCCAUAACUUGCUUCCCUAAUAUCCUCCUGGCCGCCCAGACUUGUUUGAAGCUGUGCUGACAGCUUUUUUUCUCCUUUUGGUAUUCACAACAGCCAGGGAUUUGAUUUUGAUGUAUUUUAAACCACGUUAA